UUCCAGCUGUUCAUCAAGACCCUCACUGGCAGGACUUUGACCUUUGAAGUCUACCCGUCGAUGACGAUCAUGCAGCUCCUCGAGCAGCUCAACUGGAGACUGGGCACACCACUGGCCAUGAUGCAUCGCCUCAUCUUCGCUGGCAAGCAACUGGAGGGUCAUCGUGACCUGGAGUGGUACAACAUUCAAAAGGAGUGUACUCUGCACAUGGUGCUGAGAUUGAGAGGA